AUGGAUAUGGCGAGACGUCGCAAUCAGAAAUCUGGACUUUCAGCCCCUGCAAAGCGAGAAAUCCAGAACCCCGACCUAGGAAAGUCUGAAGUGCACACUCCAAGUGAAAACGCAUCCAGCACCGACGACCCUUCUCCUCCUACCGACACGUUGGACUACCGACAAGACGAAGAUUGCUGUGUCAUAUGCAAUGCGAGCUCCGCUCGUCUAUGUCUUUGGUGUCGAAGCACUUGGUACUGCUCCAUCGAGUGUUUAGAAGAAGACUUCUCCACGCACAAAUUGCUCUGCCAACAGAUUUCCUCUCUUCCCCCGCGCCCAUCUCCAGAGCAUGUCCGAGCAAUAUUCUUCCCCGAGACUGCACGCAGGCCACAACUCACUUGGCUGAAAUACGAGUCUGGUGUUGACAACUUCGAUGGUACGGUCUGGACAAAGCUCCUCACAAACCCCUACCUCGGCCAUGACGAGUGCAAGACCAAACGCCUGAGGAUUGAACAAAAUCCGAUGCGAUCUCGGACAUUUGAGAGAGGUUUCGAACGUCGCAGCUCGGAGCGCGCUGGCUAUUGUAUCACGAUAGUGUACCGUGCAAGUGGCAACCCCUGUCUAAAUGAAAGUAUCCUCACCAGCCUUUCCCCGUCCGGCGUCGGAGAGAGUCCACUCCGCGGUCCCGUGGUUGCUGUGCGCGAGCAUCCCGGUAAGCUCUACGAGAAUAUCGCCCUGUCGGACUUUAGACAUAUCGUCGACUACCUCAUGAACUACGUCGCUCCGCGCCAGGUCUCCCGUAUCGUAACCGCACCUACCACUGGACCAGCGGCACCCCUUCACGGCGUCAAGAUACGGUGCUAUGGAGAAUCUCAGAAUAAAGCAGGGGCCAGUUUCGAAUCCGCGGGAUAUCAAUGCUGUUGGCUGUGCCUUCGGUGA